CCAAGAAUGUAGAUAUAAUUGAUAUUAGUACAAAUGUACUAUGUUACAUUUCCUUUCAAGCAUGAUAGCUGAAAUGAAAAAGAACAUAAAUUUUUGCUUAUGAUUUGGAAACACAAACAUAUAAUUAACUGCAACGUACAGAAAUAUAGGAACUAAUCUCUCUGUUGUUGCAGUGAAUUGUUAGAAAUUUGUUUAGUUAUAAAUUGUAAAUAAAGUUCAUGAGGCAUAAUUUGUGAGAGAUAAAGUGGCUGGAGUGUUAUCUCUAUGCUUUGAUUUAAUUUUAUGCCAUAACAAAUUUCAUUUGCUAAUAACAUAUCUUGUUGAUGGCUUUGGGCCAUGAUGCUGGUUUCCUGGCGUUGCUACGUUUACCUGUUUAAAGAGAGAAGUGCCAUGUUACUCAAGUUUAUCUUUGUUAUUCCUAUAGUUACAGCUUAAAAAUGUGCAGUGUUGGAAGUGAUAGACAUAAGUUUUAUGCAAACAUGGGGUCUAAACUGGGUGCAUUUUUCAUUUGGUUGUCUGCAUUUUUAUGAGCUCGCCUGUGUUCCACAGCAAAAUCGACAUGGCCUGUUGCUUGAUGGAAUUCGACAGCAUCAAGUGCUCAAUCAAAUAUUUUGUCAGCAAAAAUACCUCGUUUCUCUAGAAUAAGUAUUACGCAAUAAUUAAUCGACCAUGGUAAGCAGUUUCAUUUAGACUUCAUGGAUUUGCUUCAUGGUUUGUUUCACUCCUGAUUUUCAGUUCUGACAUAUUAACCUCUAAAUAAUGAAAGGGCUAUUGACUUUAUUCUGUUUUUGUUCUUCCUUUAAUCCAUUUAUUUAGCAGUUUAUUGCAUAUGUUGUCUGCAACCUCUUCUCAGCUCUGCAGCUUGUUCUUGGUUUUGCUUGUCCCUGAUUUGUCAUUUGUUGCAGGUGUCAUGAACAGUACUUCAUUUUAGAAAGCCUUGUCCUUCAACUCUCGAAGGCUUGUAAAGAUGAAGAAAAUGGUGAUUUCUGCAGUGAGAGAGCCUACUGCUCGAAUAACACGAGCUCGAGCUGCUUGCCUUCAACAAUCUGGAGGCAAGCCCUCUUCAGAAGUACCAAAGCAGCAGGAUCAGAAGCGGGUUUUACGAACAAAUUCAAAAAGAGCAGCCUUGGAUGAGAGGAACACCAGUGUUCCUGUUGCUGCUUGUGUUCAGCAGAAGAGGAGGGCUGUGCUUAGGGAUGUGACAAAUGUUUGCUGUGAUAAUUCUUACAAAAAAUGCCUCAAUGCCACAAAAAUUUCGAAAAAGAAUAGCAAGCAAGCUAACAAAAGUUCAGUUCAUGCGUCCAAGGCAGUCUCUGUUGCAGUAAAAAUCCAACAGGUUCCAGCUGAAUUAACAAGUAUUGGACAAGAAAUUGGGAAGGCUGAAUCUCUAUCUGCAGGAGCAUGUUCCAUGAUCUUAGAAGAAAACAUUCCUUUACAGCUAAAUACGGAGACUAUUGCAAAAGAGUAUAGCCUACACAAUCCUCAGCUUGGAAAACAACCACCAGGAAAUCCUUCACCAUUGCAAAAAUUUUCAACAAAAGAGAAAUUUGGACUUUAUGAGAAGCAGAUGGUAUCUUCCAAUCCAGACUUCACAGAUAUUGAUUCUGAUCAUAAGGACCCUCAGUUGUGCAGCAUCUAUGCUCCUGAUAUAUACAGCAAUUUACGCGUUGCAGAGCUAGUCAGAAGACCACACUCUAAUUUUAUGGAAACAGUACAGCGAGAUAUCACUCAGAGUAUGCGGGGAAUUUUGGUUGACUGGCUUGUGGAGGUGUGUGAAGAGUAUAAGUUGGUGCCAGACACACUGUAUCUCACCGUGUGUCUCAUUGAUUGGUUCCUCUCUCAAAACUACAUCGAACGGCAAAGGCUGCAAUUACUCGGCAUCACUUGCAUGUUAAUAGCCUCGAAGUACGAAGAAAUCUGUGCACCACGUGUUGAGGAACUUUGCUUCAUCACAGACAACACUUACACAAAAGGAGAGGAUUUGAAGUACAUUUGGUUGAUGAUAUAUCCCCUAAAGGGACUCAAUGGAGAGACUGGAAGUGUUAUGAUAUGGUCAUCCAAAAUUCCUAAUGACAAGAUUGUAGAAGGGUACUUAUGUUGUAGUUUGUAACUUUCAGCACUUAGUUUAAAUGCAACAGAAAAAGAUAAUGCUUCUCAAUUAUGAGGACUUUUGGCUACCUGGAAAGGAUUAGAAUGUGGCCAUUUUACUG